AUGGACCAGAUAGAGCACAAAUACGUUGAAGUGAACGGGCUGAAACUUCACGUGGCUGAAAUCGGGAGUGGAUCAUCGCCGGCGGUGGUUUUCUUGCAUGGUUUCCCAGAAAUAUGGUACUCGUGGCGCCACCAGAUGAUUGCAGUGGCAAGUGCUGGUUUCAGAGCCAUUGCGCUUGAUUACAGAGGUUAUGGGCUUUCCGAUCCGCCACCCGAACCCGAGAAGACCACCUUCUUAGACCUCGUUGGUGAUCUUCUUGCGCUUUAUGAUGCUCUUAGCAUCUCCAAGAUAGAGCACAAAUACGUUGAAGUGAACGGGCUGAAACUUCACGUGGCUGAAAUCGGGAGUGGAUCAUCGCCGGCGGUGGUUUUCUUGCAUGGUUUCCCAGAAAUAUGGUACUCGUGGCGCCACCAGAUGAUUGCAGUGGCAAGUGCUGGUUUCAGAGCCAUUGCGCUUGAUUACAGAGGUUAUGGGCUUUCCGAUCCGCCACCCGAACCCGAGAAGACCACCUUCUUAGACCUCGUUGGUGAUCUUCUUGCGCUUUAUGAUGCUCUUAGCAUCUCCAAGGCUUUUCUGAUUGCUAAAGAUUUUGGAGCUAUUGUAGCUUCUAUAUUUGCUGUUCUCUACCAGGACAGGAUCUUGGGGUUUGUGACAUUAGGUGUGCCAUUCUACCUUCCUCGUUUUCUCACUUCUGACAAGCAACUCCCUGAAGGCUUCUACAUGUCAAGAUGGAAGGAACCUGGGCGUGCUGAAUCUGAUUUUGGUCGACUUGAUGCCAAAACUGUAGUGAGGAAUGUUUAUAUCCUGUUUUCCAGAAGUGAGAUACCAAUUGCUCAUGAAAACGAGGAGAUCAUGGACCUGGUUGACUCGUCCACUCCUUUACCUUCUUGGUUCACUGAGGAAGAUCUUGCGACUUAUGGAAUGUUGUAUGAGAAAUCGGGGUUCCAGACUGCACUUCAGGUUCCUUAUAGGUCAUUUCACGAACAGGUUGCUAAACCGGAUCCGAAAGUUCAAGUUCCGGCUCUACUGAUCAUGGGCGAGAAAGAUUACGUGUUCAGAUUCCCAGGAAUGGCAGAUUACAUAACUAGCGGAAAAGUGAAAACAUUUGUACCUAACUUGGAGAUAAGUUUCAUACCUGAAGGAACUCAUUUUGUUCAAGAGCAACUUCUUGCCCAGGUGAAUGAUCUUAUUCUGAACUUCCUGAGAAGCCACAAUAAUUAG